CCCUGCGCGGCUCCCAUGGCGACGGGGAGCCGGGCCGCGGCGCCGAGGAGCGAUGCCCGCGGGCAGUGGUACUUUAUGGGAUCUUGCUGUAGCUGAAGUGGAGAAAAGGGAGAAUGCUGAAGGCGAUGGCGAGGGUGCAGAAGUUUCGGAAAAGUCCGUGUUGUUUGUGGGAAGCAAAAAUGGGGGAAAAACUACCAUAAUACUCAGGUGUCUUGACAGGGAAGAGAUUCCAAAACCAACAUUAGCCUUGGAAUAUACUUUUGGAAGAAGAGCAAGGAGACACAAUACACCUAAAGAUAUAGCUCAUUUUUGGGAGCUAGGUGGUGGAACCUCGUUACAGGAACUGAUUCGAGUACCGAUUACUAGCAGCAACAUAAGGGCAUUUGCUAUAGUUCUUGUAUUGGAUCUGUCCAAACCUAACGAACUCUGGACUACUAUGGAAAGUCUUCUGCAGGUCAUCAGGAGCCAUGUGAACAAAAUUUUGACAAAACUGGGUAAGACAAAUCCUGAAGUAGCUGCUGAAAUUAAGCAGAGGAUGUGGAACAAUCUACAGAAGGAUCAUCCAGAUUAUGAAUUAGUUGACCCUUUUCCAUUACCUCUCGUGAUAAUUGGAAGCAAAUAUGAUAUUUUUCAUGAGUUUGACUCUGAAAUGAGGAAAAUCAUAAGCAAGACUCUUCGAUUUGUUUCACAUUAUUAUGGAGCAUCAUUAGUGGGCGUUGAUAAAAGUAAAUCUGUCGCACUGGAUCAUAGCAGACCUCUGUUUAUACCAGCAGGCCUGGAUUCCCUGCACCAAAUAGGACCACCACCUGCCUCUGAAAGUGACCUUGGAAAACUGCAUGCAAACACACCUCUGGAACUGUGGAAAAAAGUAUUUGAGAAAACAUUUCCUCCCAAGAGUUCCUCUGAUUUACAAUAUACCAAGGACCCUGCACAGGAUUUACAAUAUGCCGAGUAUGAAGUUGAUGUCAUGAGAGCCCAGAAAAAUGAGGAACUUGACCAAUACAAGAGGAAUGCCUCUAAAACCUGGAAAGAAAUGGAUUUUGGUCUGGACUGAUGAGCUGCUGUAGCUACCUUCAGU